AUGGUUCAAGUUGUGAUAUUAGGAAAACAGGACUCAAUAGACUCCUCGUAUCCCAGCGUAAAUAUCGAAGAUAAUAUAGCCUACAACGAUUCUGAAAAUGGGCUUAUCCCUAUUUCUGAGACUACUACGGAUGCUCUUGGUAACUUUCAGGCUGGACCGAUACCACUGGCCAUUGGCGCUCUACCUCCUGAUACUAGGGAUUUUAAAUUUGACAUUCGCAAUCAUUUUUCCGUACGUCUAAGCAAGCCGGCUUACGAAUUUUCAUUAGAAACUUUGAAUGGACGAAUCCAGAAUCAGACCAAUCUUUCCUCUGUCAGCUGGUCUUUUAAAGCUAAAAAACUUGCCUUUCUACAAAUUAAAGUCACAACAAUUGUAGAAAAUGCAGAAGCACCCUUAUCAGGUGUAUUAUUGUCCGUUAUUGGGGACGACUAUCGUAAGAACAAAAUCACUAACCUUGAAGGCUACACCUAUUUCGUCGGCCUUUCUCCUGCAUUACGUUACAUUGCAAUAGCCUCUUGCCCGCUUAUCCUCUAUCCUGCUUGCACUCAUUAA